GACUAAUUCGUCCUCGACCUUGUACAGAAUAUUUGAAGAGUUCCUGUUUUCGUCCCCAAGUGGUUACUGGUAUUUGAUAAAUAUGUGUUUAAAAUACACAGUGGCGUCAGUGUGGGUUAUUUGUUUGUCUUUCAAAGUGGUUAUGACUGGUUGUGAAGUGGUUUGGGUAAAUCGAAAUGUUAUUGACAGCUUCCGUGUUGGAGAAGAUGGUUGUACGAAUGAUGGAACUGUUUGUACGGAUUUCGGUGCAACAUGUCGUCAGUCAGAUGGUUUGUGCAUUUGCACUGGUAAUGAACCUAAUUUUCGAAAACCUACUAGUAAAGAUUAUGGCUGUUUAAGCAGUGAUAGUGUUCGCGCUGGAAUUGGUGAGUGUUUAUAGCUAAUUUCAAAUUUACAACCGAGCAUUUAAACUUGUUUCUCAAUCUUCCUCUACUAUUAAGUGAUCUACUAAUGUUUUCGACAUGAUGCACAAUAUUAUUUAUACAACGGCUAUUCUGAAACACACAAAUCUUGACGUAACUACUAGGCCAACUGUGGUAAAGCGAUGUUAGGUUUCUGCAAUCGAAUUCUCCGCAGUAAAAUCUGAGUUGAACGAGCGAAGACGUAUACGACUCGUAUCGAUCUGGUACUGCAGAAUAGAAGGAUUACCCACCCUGGCAACAUUCACUGUGAGAGAAAACCUGAGGAGACCCACGGCUUUCGGUAGGGCGUCGAAUAACUCUUUUCACAUAAGUGUCACAAGUCCGCAGCGAGAAUUGAUCAUAUAUGAUCUUAAACUCAAAAGUGAAAGGCGCUUUCUCUGACGACUGUGUUAGUUAUUUUUGGCCAAUAUUUUGACCUGAAUUUUUGUCUCUGUAUGAAUGGAUAGAUCUGGUCUAUGUUUCUCAAAUAUCUAGCGAAAAUGGACCUCAUUAUAAUUUUAUCUAAAUGUUCCGGUCAGAUAGAUCCGAAGCCCAAACGUUUUGUGUCCCAUUAAAAUAUUUGACCGUUCUGACCGUGUUAAUGGAAAGCGUCCCCAGAGAAGGAAAUUUGUCAAUAUUUGUCAACUUUUAGUUCAUUCUACUCAAAUAAUCUUAUUUCGUAUCUCAUUUAAAUAUAGGAAGAAACUUGAACUGUGCAUUCCGCCCUUUUCAACUUAUACCAUACAGCCACCAAGAUCCAGCCACGUCAUUCAGUGAUACAAACCUAGAUGUAUUGACGAGUUGUUCUUUAACGAAAGCCGUGACAAAGUUUCCAGACAACCCCAACUAUAUUGAUCAGCCAUGGUUGAAUGAAUCUUACGUUGAUUUAAAAAUCUCUAACGAAAAAUUGGAUUUUAAGGUAUGGAAAUCAGAGGUCAUGUUUUUUUUUAGUUGUGUUUAAAAUUAGUUUGUUUUUCUUUUUCUAGUGGAAAAAAUCAGUUCCAACCUUGCAAGGCACUAUAAUUACGCUAAGUCUCUUCUGUACCCUGAGCUCAAGUAGUUUGACAACAAAAUGUCUACGAGCAAAGAUUCUUGGGACAUGGCCUGCAGGUACACUCGAGGGUACACUGAAUCAUUGAACUAUAUGCACUGAAUAGAUAAUGCACAUAUGCAUAGAAGAUAUAUUGAACUCUCCCGUAAAUUCCAUUGUAACAUGUGGGCAACCUCAUGUUUAUACUGUGAGCCUUGAUCAGGUAAUUGUGAUAUGUUUACACUGUUUAUAUACGUGUGUUUAUUAUACGUUAAAUGUUAAAUGCUCAAUUUUAUCUAGACGCCGUCUCUGUACCAACUAAGCCAACAGUAACCUCCACUAAACAGUCUAAAGACACUAAAACUAAACCUUCACAGAUAAAAACAAAAACGACUUCGCCUGUUACAGUGACAACAAUAACAACAGCAGAACCAAGUAUGUUUUAUAAUAUAUAUCACCUCUUGAUAUUUAUUUCAUUGUAUCAAUGUAUUUAUUUUUACGCUUUCACUUCCCCCCAGUCGACCAUAGCUUAUGUAUACGCGGCUAAAAGGAUUAGUCAGUUUGCAUAUUCAGUAUUCUUCAAUAGUCUUGAUUAUAUUUGAUGAAAAAAUAGACUUGUGAAGCUCAUUAAUAAUUCAUGAAAAAAACCACAAAGGAAGUAUACCUGAUACAACACGGCCGCUCAUAUUGUACAUAGUAUACUUAAAAGUUUAUGUAAUUCAGAAACAUUUUGUGUUAUAUAUCAAGUAUCCUUCACAGGAUUGAUUAUGUUCUCUCAUCAAUUAUUAAUGUCAAUUACAAAGAUCUUAGACAUUUCACGUCCAAAUACAAGCUAUUGGUCUGAGUAACACAACAAAUAAAUUGAGCACACUAUAUCGUCAGACAAUAUCAUCAGACAAUCUUAUAUCUUCAACAAUAAUACAACAUAGAAUUGGUUGGAAACAUUAACUAUACUAUUCAAUGUUUUAGAAUCAACCGCCAGCGCUAGGUCAGACGACGACUCGAACGUCUCAAACAAGAUAUUUAUUGCUUUGUUU